AGAGGAAAGUCCCUGCCUGCAGCUCUCUCAUUUCUUCUCAGCUGAACUCCUCGACCAUAUCUGCAAAGAUGAUGAAAGAUAUGAUUGUAAAGAAUAUGUCCCUCAAGGUUGGGCAGACACUGACUGUAGUUGGAGUUCCCAAGCCUGAUGCUUCAAAUUUUUCUCUGAAUAUCGGCUCUAAUGAGCAGGAGAUUACAUUGCAUAUGAACCCUCGUUUUAACGCCCACGGAGAUGAGAAUGCGGUGGUCUGCAACUCUUACCAGGGAGGCAACUGGUGUGAGGAGCACCGUGAGGGAGGCUUUCCUUUCCAACAGGGAGAAGAGUUCAAGAUCACCAUUGAAUUCACCCCUACGGAGUUCCUGGUGACAUUAUCAGAUGGCUCUAAUAUCCACUUUCCCAACCGCAUAGGUGCGGAGAAGUACUCGUGCAUGAGCUUUGAAGGGGAUGCUCGCAUCAAAAGCAUUGAGAUCAAGUAAACCUCCACCCUCCCAGGAAUUGUUGGAUUCAAAUUCUGUUUUCCAAUUUGUCUGACAUCAGGUUACAUAUUACCCCAGCUUUUAAAUUCCUGAAUUCAUGUGGUACCAGCCUUAAAAGCUUAUCACAUGUCAUCGUAUUAUGCAAGAAUUUAGCUUGUUGACAUGCGCACAUGCAAACAACCAUAGAAUGAAAGAUAAGAUAGACAUUUGCUUUCUUUCAAUAAGGAUUGUAACUGCAUGUCCUUUCUGCACACUUGACAGAUCUACUUACUGGAUAGCAAAGCAAAAAAGUAGUUCCAAGCCCAUGUUAUCUGACUGUUAUUUGCUUUGCAGUGUUCAGUUGAAAAGUACCACAUAAAAUGUGAUCAGUUGCUUUUAAAGGUGCUUGCUGCAUGCUUUUCUGUUUCCCCUCUCAGACAUUCCAGACUUGUAACUGACUGUAAUGCUUUCCUGGAACAACAUGUAUUAAAGAAUGACCUUUUAUGAAA